GAUGUAGAGCAAGGAUCGGCCAAUGCAAUUUUAUGGGGGUUUUGAGAAGAAAGUAUACAAUCAAGCAACUCCAUUCUUCUUCACAAACUUUCCAGAAGAUUGGACUUUUGAACAGAUGUGGAAAACUUUCAACAGGUUGGACGGGGGUAGGGUGAUCGAGAUUGAAUGCCCAAAGAAGAGGGAUCGACUGGGAAGGAGAUUUGGGUUUGUUAGAUUCUUGGAGGUUAAAGAUACUGGUGAGCUGGAAAGAAAGUUGAAUCAGAUUCAAAUUGCAGGAAUCAAACUUCAAGCCAACAAACCACGGUUUGGUAAAACAUGGCAUGAAAAACAGCACCACUGGAACACAGAAAAUAUAAGGAGAGGGAUGGUUAAAGAUGAUGCUGAAUGGCAACAGAAAAAGUCUUAUGCGGAUGCAGUCAAAGGAAUGACAGCAGAAAACAAAGUGCAUGGAAUGAGAAGGGGACACUUCCACGGAGCGGAAGGAAGGGAUCAUACCAAAACUAACAGUGCAAAUGAGCAAAGAAGAUGGAGAUGGAAGCCUAAAAUACAACCACAAGCAUGGACAGGAAUGGAGCUCAAAGUUAACAAGGAAGAGUACCAGUGGCUGGAGAAAUGUUUUGUUGGGACUGUUCAUUCCAUAACCUUGAUUCCAACUUUGCAGGAGAAAUUUUAUAUGGAAGGAGUCUUUUACUGCAAGAUCAGAGCAAUGGGAGGAAGGUUGGUGUUGUUAGAAGGAAAUGAAUAUGAAGACUUAAAGGAGCUGGUCGAAAAUGGCAAAGAUUGGUUAGGAAAUUGGUUCGAAGAAAUCAAACCAUGGUCACCAAACAUGGUGGCAAGGGAGAGGUUCGCAUCCAUUAGAUGCUUGGGAUUACCUCUACACACAUGGAAGACGGACUUUUUCCAAUCACUCGGAAAUCUGUGGGACACUUUUGUUUCGGUGGAUGAUAGCACAAGCAAGAAAAAACGCCUUGACGUUGCUCGAUUCCUCUUAUCAACGCCCGUAACGGAAUCCAUUUCAAAAUCUUUAUCAAUAAAGGUUAAUGGAAUCAUUUUUACAGUUAAGUUCUCUGAGGAGGAGUCUAGCAACGGGAUGCAUGUUAUAAAUACAGAUUUUAAGAUUAAAGAAGCUUACGAGGAAGGCGAGGAAUCUUCAACGGACGGAUCUGUCGGUACAGAUUUCAACAUGCCUGGAAUGGAAGCUGCAGAAAAUAGAGGAUUUGAAGAAGAUGAUGGCGUGGAGAUUCAAUUAGGAGUGCAGGAGACAAAUCAGCAAGAGGCGGAGAGAAAUAUGGACACGGUGGCAUCAUCAGAGGGGGACACAUCAAUUGUUAAGAAGAAGGGUCAACCAAAAGGACAAGAAAGGAGCGUGUUAGGUUCUGGAGAAGCAGCAGAAGAUGAAGAUUUGGUGUUAGCGGGAACAGCCGAAAAGCAGCAGAGUUCAGGGAGCGCAACGGGUAGUUUGGAAGGGCUUACAAGCAAGCAAUUAAUGAGUGAUGGGCUCGAGAAGGAAGAGGGACAGGUCCAGCUGGAGACGGAAACAUGCAGAGAGAGUAUCGAGAACAGCUACAGUUUCAAUAAUGGGGAAAGGAGAGAGAUAGGGGGGGAGAAAAUUUCAAAAAUAACAACGGACAAAAUUGCAAAAGGAAAUGGGCCGGGUGGGCUAAAUGAUGAGAUGGAUCCAGAGGGCAAGCACGUGAGGCCAGGAGCAACAGAAUCAGACCUGUUCUGGGAAGACAUGGACAGCGACGCAGGGGACUUACCGAAGUGGGCAAAAGUUCUUGAAGGGAAGAAGAGCAAAAAGAAAAAAAGGAAAGUGAAGCUGUGCCGUUCAGUGUAUAUGAAAUCUGGCGGGCUUGAAGGUGUUCUGGUGCAGAAGAAGAAGAAGAAGAAAGGAACUCAAUCGGUGACAGAGAAAAUGACGCAGCAAAUCAUAUUCCAAGCUGAUCCAGCGGACUCAAUUGUAGAUUUACCAUUGCUAGGAAGGAAGUACACAUGGUACCAGCCAAAUGGACAAUGUAUGAGUCGUUUGGAUAGGUUCUUGUUCAAUGAUGAUUGGAUGACAAAAUGGCCUGAUUUAAAGCAAUGGGGACUUGCUAGAUCUCUGUCGGAUCAUUGCCUGAUACUGGUAAAAAAUGAGACACGGAAUUGGGGGCCAAAACCAUUCAAGUUCUUCAAUGCCUGGCUACAUACUCCUGGAUUUAGAGACAUGGUUGCAGCAAAAUGGAAAGAAUUUAAAGUUCAAGGAUGGGGAGGUUUCAUUGUUAAGGAGAAAUUAAAGUUGAUGAAGGACUUUCUUAGGGAAUGGUCUAAGUCUUCUUUGCAAGAUGUGGAUAGAAAGAUCGAGGAGGCCAGAAAGGAGAUAAACAGAAUCGAUAGAAAAGGAGAAACUUGCAGCUUAACAGAUGAUGAACUCAUGACCAGGAGCAAACAUUAUGCUAAGUUGUUAAAGAAUAUGCAGCUGAAAGAAGAGAUGGCCCAACAGAAAGCGAGAAAGAACUGGUUAAAAACAGGGGAUGCAAACACCAGUUAUUUCCAUAAGAGCAUCAAAGCAAGAUGGCGCAGGAAUGAAAUUAACAUAAUAUCAGUAAAAGGUAGAGAAUUGAAGCAAGUGGAUGAGAUAAAACAAGGCAUAAUGGAGUAUUUCCAGAAAUUAUUCACAGAUGAUGGAUGGUCAAGACCAACUCUACAGGGGUUAACUUUCAGAACCAUUUUGGACAAUGAUAGAAGCAUGCUUACCCAACCAUUCACAGAAGAAGAAGUCAAAGAGGCGGUAUGGAACUGUGACAGCACUAAAGCGCCAGGGCCAGAUGGUUUUAAUUUUGGAUUCUUAAAGGCUCAAUGGGAGGUGACUAAAGAAGAUGUCUUGAAGUUCCUUAUGGAUUUUCACAAAAAUGGAAGACUGGUAAGGGGUUCUAAUGCAUCAUUUAUUGUUUUGAUACCAAAAAAAGAGAACCCUCAAGGUAUCGAGGAGUAUAGGCCUAUCUCCUUAAUUGGUUGCAUCUAUAAAAUCCUUGCUAAAUUACUAGCAAAUAGACUCAGCAAGGUAUUGAAUGGAAUCAUAGGUGAAAAUCAAUCUGCAUUCAUUGAGGGAAGACAAUUGGUUGAUGGGGUGGUAGUGGCGAACGAAGCAAUUGACGGAGUGAGGAAAAGGAAAUCCCAGUGCUUUGUCUUCAAAAUUGACUUUGAAAAGGCAUAUGACAAUGUCAAUUGGUCAUUUCUUGAUUACAUGAUGGAGAAAAUGGGUUUUGAUGCAGUUUGGAAAAGAUGGAUCUCAGAGUGUUUGAAGUCCAAUACUGUAUCUGUUCUAGUAAAUGGAAGUGCUACCAAAGAGUUCUCAAUGUCUAGAGGACUCCGGCAAGGUGACCCACUAUCCCCAUUCCUAUUCUUAAUUGUGGCUGAAGCUUUGAAUGGAUUAAUUGUAAAAGCUGUGUCAAAAGGAUUGUUGCAAGGAGUCAGAAUUGGAGAAGGGGAGUUACAAGUUAGCCACCUACAGUUUGCAGAUGACACGAUAUUUAUGGGUGAAGCAACUGAGAAGAACAUCUGGACAGUUAAAUGCAUCAUGAGAGCAUUUGAAUUAGUAUCGGGCCUGAAAGUAAAUUACAAAAAGAGUUCUUUGAUCGGAGUCAAUACUGAUGAAGAAUGGGUCAAUAAAAUGGCAUGGAUAUUGAAUUGUAAAACGGAUUCCCUCCCCUGCAAAUACCUGGGAAUGCCAUUGGGUGCAAAUUCGAGGAGAGUAGACACAUGGAAACCUUUGAUUGAAACAUUCAGAAGAAAGUUAUCUGUAUGGAAAGGACGGUUCUUAUCUCUUGGCGGAAGGAUCACCCUCAUUAAUUCUGUGUUGUCAAGUCUUCCCGUGUUCCAAAUGUCGGUCUAUCUGCUCCCUAAAAAGGGUAUGUUGCAAUAAAAAAGAGGGAGGAUUAGGGAUAAAAAAU